AUGAGCUCCCGACAGUCUUUAUACCAUGCGUAUUGCCUGCUGUCUUCUGCGAAGGAAGUCAUCAAGGGAAGCGCUUCGAUCGGCUGUGGAUCGUUGACGUCCUGGGUUGAGAGUUCGACUUUGACAAGACCAAUUUCGAGCAAAUUCCAGUGGUUUUAUGAUCCCGAAUGGGAAAAAGCCAGGGCAUUAUCUGAGUCAGUAAGGUCCCAUCCCAAACCUAAAGGCAAAUCCAGUAAAAAAGGCGGCGUGAGACAUUACUCUACUCACGCUUUUGCAAACGCAAACAGGCAGAUGUAUUCCAGCUCUGCUAAAAAGGUUGUCAACUCCAAAGCAGCAGAAAAAGAGUUUUUAUAUGAAUGGCAGAAAGCCGCUCUGCAAAGCUCUGAAAUUCCGUCGUCGAGGAUAUCGCGACUGUUCCACUACGGGUCUUUGGCUGCCGGUGUCGGCUUGUCGGCGGCCACAGAUGGAUUUUCACAAGCCGUGCGUGGCCGGUCGCCCGACCUCAAGUCUUUGAUUCUUUCGGAUGCCAACAUAGACCGCAUAACUCAAAAGUUCUCCAAAAUGCGUGGUGCCGCCCUAAAAAUAGGACAAAUGAUGUCUUUUCAAGACGAAAAUGUAUUGCCAAAAGAGUUGUAUAUCAUUCUUUCGCGCGUUCAAAAUGGCGCCCAUUACAUGCCUCAGAGACAACUAGAUCGCAUUUUGAACAAGGAACUAGGCUUGUCUUGGAGACAGAAAUUCUCCGAGUUUGAUCCCAUACCCAUAGCUGCCGCCUCUAUCGGUCAGGUUCACGAAGCAGUGUUGCCUUCUGGUCAAGAAGUUGUGGUCAAGAUUCAGUAUCCGGGGGUUAAAGACUCUAUCGAUUCAGAUCUUAACAAUGUACUGAUGUUUUUGACGGCCUCUCGUUUACUGCCCAAGGGUCUCUUCUUGGACAAAACAGUGGCCAAUGCCCGAACGGAAUUGAAAUGGGAAUGCGACUAUAAAAGAGAAGCUGCCGCUCUACAAAAGUUUGAAACUUUGCUGCAAGGCGACCCGGUUUUAGUCACUCCGAAAGUGUUUGAGCAACUUACAACUGAUAAUAUCAUAACCAUGACUAAAAUGCAAGGCAAAGAAAUCAUGAAACUACCUGAGGAUACUUCUCAAGACACAAGAAACUUUAUUUCGGAGGCAAUUAUGCUCCUAUGUUUGCGUGAGAUUGCCGAGUUCAAAUUCAUGCAAACGGAUCCUAAUUGGGCGAACUUUCUGUACAAUGAAAACAACAAGACUUUGGAACUCCUAGAUUUUGGCGCUUCCAGAGGUUUCUCCGAGGAGUUUAUUCGCAACUACCGUCGGUUGCUGACGGCAGGUAGCUUGAGAGACCGCGCCAAAGUGGCUCAGAUUUCGGAGCAGCUGGGUUAUUUGACCGGACUCGAGUCGAAAGCCAUGGUCGAUGCCCAUGUCGACUCAGUGCUUACGCUGUCCGAGCCGUUUGUGGGCCCUGCCGAUCAAAUUUUCGAUUUUUCCCAGCAAACUGUCACAGAUAGAAUCCGGGGCAACAUCAACCUGAUGUUGAAAGAACGCUUGUGUCCGCCUCCCGAGGAGACAUACUCAUUGCACAGAAAAUUCAGUGGAGUUUUCCUAUUGUGUGCAAGGAUGAGAGCGCAAAUACCGAUGUCAAAGCUAUUUCAAGAGCACUUUGCUUUGUAUGAUUGA